CCUGAUUGGCUGUCCCGGGCGCGCGCUGAUUGGCUGCGGCGCUGCCUCGCGGCCGGUGGCUAUGGAGUCGGCGGCGGUAGAUGGUUGACCGUCGGCUCCUGCGCGGGGGUCGCCGCUCGCGCUCUUUCCUCAGCCCCGAGCGGGGCGCGCGGGUUCCGGGGCGCUGGGCCUGGCGCGCGAGGAGGAAGCCCCGAGUCCCAAAAUGCCGGGCGGGAGUAACGAGCCGGACGGCGUCCUCAGCUACCAGAGACCAGAUGAAGAAGCUGUGGUGGAUCAGGGUGGGACCAGUACAAUUCUCAACAUUCACUAUGAGAAAGAGGAAUUGGAAGGUCAUAGAACUUUGUAUGUGGGAGUUCGGAUGCCGCUGGGCCGGCAGAGCCAUCGGCACCAUCGAAGCCAUGGCCAGAAGCACCGGAGACGAGCACGGGGCAAAGGAGCCAGCCAAGGAGAGGAAGGCCCAGAGGCUCUGGCCCAUGACACUCCAUCUCAGCGUGUUCAGUUCAUUCUUGGCACCGAAGAGGAUGAAGAACAUGUGCCACAUGAGCUUUUCACAGAGCUAGAUGAGAUCUGUAUGAAAGAGGGAGAAGAUGCAGAAUGGAAAGAGACAGCCAGGUGGCUGAAGUUUGAAGAAGAUGUAGAGGAUGGGGGAGAGCGUUGGAGCAAGCCUUAUGUGGCAACACUUUCAUUGCACAGUCUGUUUGAACUAAGAAGCUGUCUUAUUAAUGGAACAGUCCUUCUAGACAUGCGAGCAAAUAGCAUAGAAGAAAUUUCAGACCUGAUCCUCGAUCAGCAAGAACUGUCCAGUGACCUGAAUGACAGCAUGAGGAUUAAAGUACGGGAAACUCUGCUCAAAAAGCAUCAUCACCAGAAUGAAAAGAAGAGAAAUAAUCUCAUUCCUAUUGUUCGCUCCUUUGCGGAAGUUGGCAAGAAACAGUCUGAUCCACAUUCAAUGGAUAAAAAUGGCCAAACUGUGUCUCCUCAGUCUGUUCCCACUACAAACCUUGAAGUCAAAAAUGGGAUGAAUUGUGAACACAGCCCCGUGGAUUAUAAGGUAGACCUUCAUUUCAUGAAAAAAAUCCCUUCUGGAGCAGAGGCCUCAAACGUCCUUGUUGGAGAGGUGGAUACUCUGGACCGCCCCAUUGUUGCCUUUGUGAGACUGUCUCCAGCUGUCCUUCUCUCAGGCCUGACAGAAGUACCCAUCCCAACAAGAUUUUUAUUUAUCCUAUUGGGACCAGUAGGAAAAGGUCAGCAGUACCACGAGAUUGGCAGAUCCAUGGCCACCAUCAUGACAGAUGAAAUUUUUCAUGAUGUGGCAUAUAAGGCAAAAGAUCGAGAUGAUCUCCUGGCAGGGAUUGAUGAGUUCCUAGACCAGGUGACCGUGCUCCCUCCAGGGGAGUGGGACCCCUCCAUUAGAAUUGAACCACCCAAGUAUGUUCCUUCCCAGGAGAAAAGGAAAAUGCCUGGAGUUCCCAAUGGAAAUAUUUGCCACAUAGAACAGGAACCACAUGGCGGCCACAGUGGGCCAGAACUUCAGCGCACUGGGCGGCUGUUUGGGGGCUUGGUGCUGGACAUCAAGCGAAAGGCCCCUUGGUACUGGAGUGACUACCGGGAUGCACUCAGCCUACAGUGUUUGGCUUCCUUUCUGUUCCUGUAUUGUGCCUGCAUGUCACCUGUCAUCACCUUUGGAGGAUUGCUCGGAGAAGCUACAGAGGGACGCAUAAGUGCAAUUGAAUCCUUGUUUGGAGCCUCCAUGACUGGGAUUGCAUAUUCCUUGUUUGCGGGACAGGCUCUCACCAUCCUGGGAAGUACUGGGCCAGUGCUGGUGUUUGAAAAGAUUUUGUUCAAAUUCUGCAAAGACUAUGCUCUUUCAUACCUGUCACUGCGAGCUUGUAUCGGACUGUGGACCGCCUUCCUGUGUAUCGUCCUUGUUGCGACUGAUGCCAGUUCUCUUGUCUGCUACAUUACCCGCUUCACUGAAGAAGCAUUUGCCUCUCUGAUUUGUAUUAUUUUUAUCUACGAAGCAAUAGAAAAGCUGAUUCACCUGGCAGAGACUUACCCUAUCCACAUGCAUAGCCAGCUGGACCACCUUAGCCUGUAUUACUGCAGAUGUACUCUCCCAGAGAACCCGAACAACCACACCCUGCAGUACUGGAAGGACCACAACAUCGUUACAGCAGAAGUCCACUGGGCUAACCUGACCGUUAGCGAAUGCCAGGAGAUGCAUGGAGAGUUCGUGGGAUCUGCGUGUGGCCAUCAUGGGCCCUAUACUCCUGAUGUGCUCUUUUGGUCCUGCAUUCUCUUCUUCACCACCUUCAUACUCUCCAGUACCUUAAAGACAUUUAAGACAAGCCGCUAUUUCCCGACCAGAGUGCGUUCCAUGGUGAGUGAUUUUGCAGUUUUCCUCACUAUCUUCACAAUGGUGAUUAUUGACUUUUUGAUUGGAGUUCCAUCACCAAAGCUCCAAGUUCCCAGUGUAUUUAAGCCAACAAGAGAUGAUAGGGGGUGGAUUAUCAGUCCGAUCGGCCCCAAUCCCUGGUGGACCGUAAUAGCAGCAGUUAUCCCAGCUCUUCUGUGCACCAUCUUGAUAUUCAUGGACCAGCAGAUCACAGCUGUCAUCAUCAACAGGAAGGAACACAAGCUCAAGAAAGGCUGUGGCUACCACCUGGACCUCUUGAUGGUCGCCAUCAUGCUGGGUGUCUGCUCCAUCAUGGGCUUGCCUUGGUUUGUGGCUGCAACUGUCCUGUCCAUCACACACGUGAACAGUCUUAAGUUGGAAUCUGAGUGCUCUGCUCCUGGAGAACAGCCCAAGUUCUUGGGUAUUCGAGAGCAAAGAGUAACAGGCCUUAUGAUCUUCGUGUUAAUGGGCUGCUCAGUUUUCAUGACGGCUGUAUUAAAGUUUAUUCCAAUGCCCGUGCUCUAUGGAGUUUUCCUCUACAUGGGAGUUUCUUCGCUGCAGGGAAUUCAGUUCUUUGACCGCCUGAAGCUUUUUGGGAUGCCUGCGAAGCACCAGCCAGAUUUCAUCUACCUUCGGCACGUGCCGCUGCGCAAAGUGCACCUCUUCACACUCAUCCAGCUGACCUGCCUUGUCCUGCUCUGGGUCAUCAAGGCCUCCCCAGCUGCCAUUGUCUUUCCAAUGAUGGUUUUGGCCUUGGUUUUCGUCAGGAAAGUCAUGGAUUUCUGUUUCACUAAGCGAGAGCUGAGCUGGUUAGAUGAUCUCAUGCCUGAGAGCAAAAAGAAGAAGUUGGACGAUGCCAAGAAGAAGGCUAAGGAGGAAGAGGAGGCUGAAAAAAUGUUAGAACUCGGGGGAGACAAGUUUCCCUUAGAGAGCAGGAAGUUACUCAGUAGUCCUGGAAAAAACAACAGUUUCAGUGUUGAUUUCAGAUGUGAUCCCUCUGAGAUUAAUAUAUCUGAUGAAAUGCCUAAAACCACAGUCUGGAAAACUCUCAGUAUGAAUUCUGGAAAUACAAAGGAAAAGAGUCUCUUCAAUUAAAAGCCUUUGCUGGGAUGGAAGAUUUGGGCCAUAAGAUAUGCCUCAGGGAAGCUAUGUUACAGACAAGAUGGUGAUUCUCAGAGAAGAAGCAAGACCAAGCCUGGCCCUGUCCUUGGUCGCGUCAAAGCCAUGCCGAAGCAUUCUGUUCCUCAUGGUGUGCUGGGAAGGCGUGCAGCCUCCCCGCGCCGGCAACCAGUCAUCAGAUGGGAACGUGGAAGCAGGAAGCCAUCUCCUCUUGGCACUUCCCUUCCUCUUCCGUCACUUUCUCUUCAGCCACUCUGGAUGACCCAGCUUCCCAUUUCCGGACAUUUCUCUGAAACUCCUUGAUGGCCGGCUAAGUCAUCUGGAUCCGUGCUGCCACUGAGGUUUCCUUCACUAAGGUCCCCCUUCCUAGAUGAUAUUUAGGGGGAUGAGGAGGAGUCGUGGGAGAGCAGAGAGAAAAGGGAAGACUCUUGAGGUGUUUAGAAUUUGCAGGCUCCAAGGCAGUCCUUGUCCGGGCCUUGGUUUGAUGCUCUACUCUGGGGGAUGCUGGUCAGACCCAGAGGCUGUCCGCUACAAGGAGGACCGGCUUUCUGGGCAUCAGUAGUGCCUGCAUCUGCGGCUGGGAAGAUGCCUCUUGCCCCAGAUGCAUCUUCGUCACUUCCUGGCAGCAGCCAGUGUAACUCUGUGAGAACUUGGAUGAUGAAUGGGCCAAGAGGGACACUGGACUUGUGUAGCAUAGACAAGAAAAGGCUCAGGGGAAACUAGGUAAUGAUAGUGGGGAUGAACAUCAUCUUAGUUUCACCGAGGUGAGAGUGAGAGAAUGAGCUUGAAUUAUUACAUAAAGGAUUUCUUUAGAUAUCAGAAAGGACUUCCUUCCUGAUAUCUUCCUUCCCCUAAAGGGGGAGUUUGAUAAUUGUUGUUUGUGAGUGAAAAGGGAGAUAAGGUGUUUUUAUUGACCAUGUGGUGAAAGCAUCCGUGUCUUGCUGCUGUCUCUUGAGGACACAUUCUAAUUCCAUUCCUGGAGCGAUCCAAGUGCUUAUGUAAUGUCUACUUAGUUGCCUUAGUAGUGAACCACCAUCAACGCAAUGGACCAAAACUACCUUCAGCCAUGUGGUUUCUUCAUCAUCAUGGGUUUCUUUUGGUUGAUAAAUAUUCUGGCUCUCAGAUGUAAAAUACCACACUGGAAAGUGAACUGUAAGUGGUGAAAUUUGUUUUAAUAUUUAGCUUAAAAGUAUAUUGUUUUUUCUGUUACACUAAACAUCAAGGGUAUCGAGUAUCAAGGCUCUAGUAUGUAUAAACCUUUUCUUCCUUUGUGCACAGAAUGUGACUACCAAGCACGCCUUUGCCCGGGAAUCCUGUCAUAUUAGGUUUUUACCCAAAAAGAGUCUUUGUACAUGUAGUGUUCCCCUGGCAGGCUUUUCCAAUCAUAAAAAGUAAAAGAUUUGGCCGUAUCACUUUGUUGAAUUUUUCAUUCCUUAUGCUAUUCAAACAUAUUAGUGUGUUCUAGAAUUAUUCUAAAGACCUUUGAUGUUUAAGGGAUCCUGCAUUUCUUUCCUCCCUCCAUUCCUCCCUCUUCCCCCCCACCAUCUCUCAGAGCCAUAUUUAUUUUAGUGCACAAAUGAUUUUCAAUGAUAUGAGAUGGACCCAGUCACCAGAAAGGAUAAUUCCUCUAAACAGGCAGCAUGGAAAACCAUGUCCAUGCCUGCUAGCUGAGGUCGCGCUACUUUCACAUAGUUAUUGAUGUACCUUUGACCUGUGGAUUUUGUUCCUGGUUUGUCUGACUUCUACUCACUAGAUUGUCUAGGAUCUUUUCUUAUGGUACACAUUGGAUUGGACCUGCUUCUUUGAACUAAAUGGGCAUUAACAUCUUAGUGAACCAGAGCUUCACUUAUAUCAUUUUAGGGUAAAUAUAAAAACUAUACCCAUAUACCUACCUAAUUUAUAAAAAUCAAAAGGCAGCCUGUCAUUGGGGAAAACUUUCUUGCUGACCUCCUGUCUCUCUGGCUGCUCCCCUGAGUUUUUCUCCUUUUUCAUCUUCGUAGUUCCCUGAGAACAUAUUUCCUUUUCUCUUCCUCCAUCUUAUUUUCCCUUCUCAUCUUUUCCUGCCACUUCUGUAUAGAGAUUUCAGUUUAUUGUCUAAUCACAGCUGUUAGGCCGUCGAGCGUGAGAGAAAGGUCUCUAUCCUAGAACACUGGUGCCCGAGCCUCGGCCGGCGUGCCGGGCUCCGUGAGCUGAGGGAGCCUCCUUUGUUAGUCCUGUGUUGUGCAGUUUCAGAACCAAUCGUGCACUCGCCAGGCCUUCCCAGAUUGCACCGUGUAGGAAUAUUCGCUACUUUGGAAGGUUGUACUUGGCUACUUAAGCCAUUUGCCUUUUUCUCAAGCAACUUCACUUCUCUGACAUCUCAGUGGUACUCUGCUUCCUCAAGUCCCACCAACUUCUCAACUCCAGUCCUGGGUACUUCCUUGCCCAGGUCUGUGAUUGGUGGCCAGAGAAAUAAAGUCAAGCGUUUGGGGUAGAAACCCUGGAUGGGUGAAGCAGCAGCAGCACGUGUGUGUAUUUGUCAAGGAGAGUGUGGCCAGAGAGUGUCAUUGCUGCUAUCAAAUAGUGAACUGUGUGCAUCUAGUUUUGGGGACAUCCAGAAAACAUGGUCAGGAAGCUAGGGAAGGGACUCAGUGGUUUGGCUUAUGAUUCAUAUGUGCAGUCCCGGGUUCUAUCACCAGCAUCACACCGCACACACUACCACAUACACUGCAUGUAGGAGUUCCCCUCAGAGACUUCCUGAACAUGAGGAGAGACAUAGGUUAGUUCGUUGAAAAGGGCAAUGCUUAGCACAUAGGAGAAACUGAUUUAGGAGUGGCAAGCAAGGCAGGUCAUUAGGUGAUUUCUAUGCCUAAGUCUAGCUGGGCCAUCAGAGCUCAUCUCUUGGAUGAUGGGGAGAGAUUUCUGCAGUUGUUUGGCUUUUGGCAGACUUGUGCUCUGAUGGGGACCAGUAGCAUAGGGGAGAAGGGUGGAAAAACUGGGGAUUGAAGAAAAUGAGAGUUGGGGCCAGACCAGAGAGGUUGAGGUUCUUGCCUUGCAUGGACUGACCCGUGUUUGAUCCCUGGCACUGCAGAUAGCUUCUGUGUCAGUGCCAGGAGUGAGCACAGAGCCAAGAGUAAGUACCGAGCAUUGUUGAAUAUGCCCCCCACUGGAAAGAAAGAAAGAGAGACAGCAAGAAAGCAGGCAAGAAAGAAAGAGAAGGAAGAGCGUGGCAUCUUGGGUCUAAGGGAAAGGAGAAAUGGAGUUGGCACCUCCUAUUCCGUGACUUUAGGGCAAGGUUGGUCUAAAGAGAAGACAAAGACCAUCAGAAUUAUAUGCUAUGGAAUUGUCAAACGUGUUUGGCAUAAAAUAACUAUGAUUUGUGACUGUAUAUGAUUCAGAUUUUCUGAUAAUAGAACUUUAGGUGACCUGGGCUUUACAUAUACAGUUCUGUCUGCUUAGUCACAAACUUCACAGGGCCAGAGAGAGUACAGGAGUUAAAGUGCAUGUCUUACACGCAGCUGACCCCAAUUUGAUUCGCCCACCACACGGCCCCCAGGGAUUGAGGCCCUGGGGGUCCCUGAACCCCACCAGGUAAGACCUGGAGACCCAGCACUGCCAGAUCUGCCCAGGUUGUCCCCAGCAUGCAGGGCCCAAGCAGCACUGCUUCCCUGGGCCUUUUGAGUAUUUUUUGAAGCCCCUCCCUCCCAAAUAAUAAAAAUUUGCCUGUGAGGGGACCAGGGCUAUAGAACAGCAGGUAGGGAACUUGCCUUGCAUGUAGCCAAUCAGGUUCAAUCCCCAGCAUUCAUGAGUGCAAAAUCAGGAGUAACCCCUGAACAUCGAGGGUGUGCACCCAAAAGAAGCUUUGCCUGUGAGGAGGAAGAGGUAAUGAAUCUUUAAUUUCUGAAAAUGGUGUGCAUAGUUGCUAUUAUUCUUUGUCUGGGAUAUGGCUGACUUUUUAGUUAGUCAUAAAUGUUUGAUAAUAAUCUGACAUACUUUCAGUUUUAGGCUUGCUUUGCAUCGCAGGCUGUGACAAUAGUGACCUUCAUGACGUUUCUGAUUUCAGGUCAUCCAAAAAAGAGAGUUACCAAUUCUACUUCAUCUACUACUCACCCAGCUCUCAAGAUUUUUCUCUUUAAAAAGGAAUCAGUAAUUCCCCCUGAGAAAGUGUCUGUCAAUUUCAACAUUUAGUUUCAUCGGAGAGGGCUUGACUCCAAGGACCCCUAGCUUCCCUUGUAAUUAGUGUCAUAAAUUCGAUUCUCUAUGUUUUCUCUGCUAUCAACAGCUCUAAAUUUCUUCUUUUGCUAUUUCUCCUUUGAUAGUCUUUCUUCAUUUUCUUUUUUUAAAUUAGAAAUGACAUGACUACAUUUAAUGAAUAAUAUUUACUAUAAAAGUAAUAUUAAAUCAGAAAAAUUUUAGAUCAGUAGUUACAGUCUUAAAAUCACCUUCCGGGGCCCAGAGAGCUAGUAGAGUGGGUAAGACAUUCUUAGGUUUCCAAGCCACGUCCUGGUAGCGCAUUCAGGAACCCUGCUAUUGCAUGUUCUCAGCUAUCUUGAUUUUCUUUUGAUUGUAGCUGUCUGGUCUCCCCUAAGGUAAAAAUUCUUUCUAUGAAUUCAGCUAACAAAUGAUACAUUACUUGUAUUCUUCCUGCCUUUACUGGAUUGACUUUUCUUUUUUUUCUUUUGGGUCGCACUUGGUGAUACUUAGGGGUUACUCCUGGCCCUGCACUCAGCAAUUACUCCUGGUGGUGCUCAGGAAACCGUAUGGGAUGCCGGGGAUCAAACCCAUGGGAUGUCAGUUGCAUGCAAGGCAGAUGCCUUCCACACUGUACUAUCACUCUGGCUCCUGAAUUGACUUUUUCAAACACUCUUUCUGCUCCUUUCUGUCAAGCCUUUCAAGUUCCUGAAAACUGGGGUGGUGAAAGAGGCAGAGGGUUGGGUAGUCUGGAGUGUCUCAGAAAGAGAGCUUUACUAUUUUUUUUCUUUAUUUAAGGUGAGGUCUAAGGAUUACCAAACCCUCAAAUUCACCCAUAUUUCACUGUAAAAAAAAAACAGACAUUACAAAACAAAAUAGAAAUGGUUCUGUAAAAUUUGGUCUUUAUGACUCUUGAUAUUCUUGGUCUUUCUAACAUUUAUUAUAAGGAAUGGGCAGUUGACUCAACCAGAAAGAAGGCUAGUUUUCAUAACCAAAAGGUGUGUAAAGAAGUCAUAUCCCUGUUUGAAGCAUAAAAGGAAGAAAAGAAGUAUUCUGUGCAUUUCUUCUUCUGUAGAAAAAUUCAGAAAUUGGAAUUAUUCAUCCCUUAGGCUUGAUUCUCUUAGGAUAUUCUGUGCGCAAAAGGAAUAGAAUGGUUUCUGGUUCUAAAAAGAAAAGGAAUAUAGCAUUUUUCUUAAACUUAGCUCUCAGCAUUGGAGAAUACAAAAAAUUUUCUUUUAGCUCAUGGUAUUAAUAUUCCAGACACACAGAGAGAAAGAGAGUGAGAGAGAGAGAAAAAAAGAGAGUGACAGAGAGAGAGGAGAGAGAAAAAAGAUGAGAGAGUGAGAAUGAGAGCAAGAAUGAGAGCGAGUGAAAAGGAAUCAGCCGCGUUUGGGCGUCUCUUAGCAGGUUUUGCUGUCUCCUCCAACAUGCAGGUUGCUCAUAUUUGCAAUAAUGUUGGAAACCGAAGUACCACACUGAAUGUGCAAUUACUCCUUUUGCAAAAGAGGCCAAAAUCCUCCUCCCCACUCCCUUCUCCCACACUCACUCCAAGACGAUACGCCUCCCUCUUGUUUUUCCGUGUCUGUCUGUCUGGUGGGAUCUGGUUGCUCUCCUAAGACAAGGUGGCGCGCAGGGCAGCCUCCCCACAAGGAAGGAGCAGCUUGCGGUGCUGGUACAUUCCCCUCGUUUUCUAUGUUCUUUCUAGUAGUCUCAUGUAGAGAUAGAGGUAUUUUUGUUUUAGAGAUUCCAAAGUAUAUAUUUUUAGUGUAAGAAAUAAACCCUCUCCACACCCCACUGUGUAAAUAGAACUGAGAACAAAUGUGUCGUCGUGAUGAUCCCUUAGCACUCUGGUAGGAAUAGGACCCCCUCCCCACCCCGGUCUGUGUCUGUGAACCAGGUGAGGUGACUGUGAUGCCUGCACAGACCUUCCUGUGCUCAGCGGGUGAAAAAUAAAAUCUGUGUAAACUCUUCA